GCCUUGAGAAAAGGGAAGUCUCCUGAAUCAAUUUUUCACAAUAGUCUUCAAUCAAGACACUCUUAAGUUUUGACCCGUCUUGCUUCUCAAGCCAAAUGAUAUCCAUGGUAUCCAGGAUUUGACAUGCAUUAAAAAGAAAGAUGCAAAAUGAAAACAUCAUGUCCUAAAUGCUUUUUCAGAUAAACUUGGAACUAAAGAGUCUCAGUUUCUGCAGACCUGAAGCCUAAAGCUUUUGCUAUGACACAUGUUACAGUUCCUGUCAUGCUGAUACUAAGUCUUUUCCCGUGUAAGAUACUGUUUUCCACUAGCCUGGCAAGCAGACAACCAAGUGUAGUGGAUGCUCUUGGGCUACACAAUGAUCUGCGCAUUGCUAAGCAUGAGUCUAGCGUUAUUCUGUUCUGGAAAAAUAACCUGACAGAAGAAGAAACAGACAUGUACGAUGUGAAGUAUAUUUUGAGUUACAAAUUCUUCAAUUCUGCUCAUGAAAGGAAAGAAGAACUGCAGGAGAAGAAAAAGAUAAUACGUCUUGAGUUACGUUCCGGUUUUAGUGCUAAAGUUAAAACAAGACUUUUUGAAAAGGGAACAGAAGACCUAAUUAAGGAGAGUAGCUGGACUGAAUUUACUUACAAGGCACCUCCAGUAUAUGUUCAGAAUCUUUCAUGCAUCAUAUAUAACAUUUCUUUUUUCAAUUGCACCUGGCAUAUUAAAGCAGAAGCUCCUGAAGAUCUUCAGGUUUUCUUUUCGUAUAGACACGCAAGAAAAGAUUUUGAAUGCCAACAAUAUAUAAAAAAUGCUAGGAAGAAAAAUAUUGGAUGCCACAUGAAAGAAAUAUAUUUCCAACCAUCAAGAAAAAUCAAUUUAAACAUAUCUGUAAGAGAUCUGAGAAAUGAUUCAAGAAGACAGUCUUAUUACAAAACUUGUAUACCUCAGACAAUAGAGAAACUAAAUCCUCCAGUCAACGUCUCAAUUUCCCUUGAAAACAGAAGUAUUAAAAUUCACUGGAAACCCCCACCUACUAUUGGUUCUGCAAGUAGCAAGUGCUUUGUGUAUCAAGUGAAAAUUACAGAUCAUAAGCCUGUAGUUGUAUCUGAAGAGAAAUAUGAGUACCCAUUCCAUAAGCCACCAUACAAAUGUGCGGCACAAGUGAGGGCAAAGAAAGAGAAAUGCAUAAGAAACAAGAUUUGGAGUGAAUGGAGUGAACCAGUGUUUAUUGAUGCUGAAAAGACAGUGGACAUCACAUUGCUUAUCCUCACCUUGUUUUGCCUCCUGAUUUUCCUUGUAUGUUUGCUGACAUAUGCAUGUCGAAGGCACAGAUUCCUUGAAGCUAUGACCAUGCCUAUCCCACAGGCUUCAGACAGUAUCAAAACUUGGUUAGCUACAGAAGAGACUCACCACCAGAAACAUAUUUCAAUGCAAGUGGAAAUGCACUCAGAGACUGGGCUGGAAAUUACAGAGGAAAACUGUGACAUGAACGUUCAACAACAAAGACACUUGAUGAGAUCUGGAUCAGAAGACCUGUAACACCAAUAUGAUUUCUUUUCUGCAUGGAAAUUGUAAUUGUAAUAUUGCAUGGGAAUUGUAAUAUUCUAAGCAAGACUGAUACUGGAGUUUGCCUGAGCCCAACAAUCUGAUAUUAUGGAAAAUUUUUGAGCUCUGACAUUUUGCAACUCUUAGAAUGUGCUUUGGAACACAAAGGAAAAAGCAGCACUUUACAGGUUGUCUUUAACUACUACUGCUCUUCAGUCUAGUAAAAUUGCAGCAACUCAAAGCAUAUGAUAGGUUAUUGGGUCCUACUUGGGUCAAUAUAGAAUUAGUGUUCAUAAUACUGUUUCAUAAUACUGCAGUUGCUUCCAAAUAAUGUCCUCUAGAUCAAUGCCUUUGAAAACUGGCUGGUCUUACAAAUCUCAUAAUAACUACUCAAUAUCUGAUUUAAGUGGUCAGGAGAAAUGAUGGGAGCAACUGGUGUUUAUGGAAACAGCAGAAUAAGCUCACAAGGAUUUUCUAGAGCUCUGCAAAAAUCAUCUUCCGAGAUACUGCAAUGUGUCUGAAGACAACAACCAGAAAGAAAAGUCUUGUGUAAAGACACAGGGUCCUUUAAUGUGAUCACCAUAUUCCUGUGCAGUUAGCAAAAGGAGACAGCUUUAGACAGGGUGAAGAAAACAGAGAACAUUUUCUGUUGUACCCUAAUACUUUUUGAAACAGUCAGUAAAUAAGAUAUGCAUCUGUGCACAGGUUUGAUCCACCUGAAUAUGGGGGCUUUUUGGCAAAAUAUCUCCUUCAUCUCAGUGAAGAAGACUGCACUGUUCCUUCUUCCAUACCAAGAAUGGCUGAUAAGUUCUUAGAUCCCAGUCUGGAACUGCUUGGACAACGGAAGGACUGUCAUUGACUUCAUUUGCCAUAUGGUCAGGUUCAUGACCUCAGCAAAAGAAAUCAGCUUUACUAAGUAGUGUUAUAUUUCCUCUCAAUUUUAUUUUUUAUAGAAGGUGAGGGUGGCCUUGCUUAAGAACAUCAGUGUUAUUCCCCUUGUAUCAAUCAGCCGGAUGCCUACACAAGUCAGCAGGGAGAAUAUAAAUGGUAGAUAUCAUGUAUUGAGUCAGGUUUCAGUCUGUAAUGACAACUCCUUUUCUAUCUUGAGUGUAGAUGAAAAACACAGUUACCAGCAUAUUCAUUUCUCGCCUGUAUAGGCAGACAGUGUCUCUGUGGGUAGGCUAGGUAGUUCACCCCCUACCCAUGGUACCUGCCAGUUUUCAGCAGGACAGGAAGAAUUGCUACUUCAGCCAAAAAUUGUCACAGGAGGCAUUUAGGAAAAAAAUGCCAUGAACUUAGAGAUUCCUUUGCAGGUAAGGAUAUAAAACUGAUAUAAUGAAAGAAUUUGAACACAUGUGAGCUAAGUGAGGUGGAUAAAUACCAUGCAUUAGCCAAGCACAUCUGGAAUCCAGAUUUUAAAUACAGGCCACAGUGAAUAUUAUAUUGUUCCUUAAAAUAUAUUUUAUAUACAUACAUUUUAUAUAGUUUUGGCUUGAAGCACUUGAGGCCCACAACCAGUGCCAGGAUUCAAAAUAAGACAUAGAGCCUGUAGAUUAAAGUAAUUUUACCAUUUUACCUGAAAAUAGAAUAAUUCUUUUAAAUCAAAAUUGUUCUGCCUACAAGAGGCCUUGGUUUACAUCCAUACACACAGUUCACCCACGCACACAUUGUAGCCUGCAAAGGCAUACCAUAAAAAAAGAAAAAUUGUAAUACCAGUUGUACAAAAAGUUAAUUCUAAAGUACAAACUUUGUAAUAAAAAAUCAAUAACUAGACCUUUUUGAAAAACACUUGAACAAUUUUUUUAGAAAAUGGUAUAUUUUUUCUUAAAAUAAGAAUAUUAUUUUAGCUAUUCUAAACCUAUACUCCAGUAAUGGAUUAAUGUGCGAUAGGUACAUGAUGAAAGAUUAUUAUCUGAAAGCAAAAUUGUACUGUCCUGUGUGUGGUAGUGAGCACUUAAGUAUAUAUAAAAUCUCACUUAGCUCAGCUGAAUUGUUCCUGUGAAUGAAGUGCUUACCUUCAGAAGACUUCAUCUUCUAGUAUUCAAGUGGCACAACUUGAUGAGACUCUUUAUAGUGCAGCACACAUACAGAUUGCUGUUCCCCUCCACUUAUGCAUACAUAGAAGUCUCAUUUGUUUCAGUGGACACUGGAGUCAAAAUCCUUCUGACUGGACUAUAAAGCCCUGUGAUAUAUUGUGACUAGCUAUUUUUAUGCUUGCAGGUCUCAGUCCCCACUUCAGCCAGGUAUGUAUAGCAUAGGGAGACUUAGGGCUGGGAGUAUUAUCCUAUACUUUCAUUUCCUCCUGAUCAUCAGUGACUAUGUAGAUAUUGGGCUUAUCUUGUUGCUUCUGAGGGCACAAUGGUCCCUUUCUUUUGCUUUGGAAGGAAAGUAAUUGCAAGAGGAGAAGGGAAUCAGUAAAGCAACCAUCUCAUUUAGGACAGAAGAGUGGGAUUGCCUGUGCAUGAAGCCUGGUCAGGUUGUCCAUUGCUGCCACCUACCGUACACACAACCUGCUUUUAAUGAGAAAUAUUCUUGAAGCUUUCAAUCCGGCUUUGCUCAAGAUAGUUCUGCUGAUAUGCUGCUUUAACUGCCCUGAUAUAAUUAAAAUACUCCACUCCCUCAACUCUUUCUUCAAGUCCUGGCCUAUAUUAGGGACAGGAUCUAUCUCAAAAAUUUAGCUUCCUCAGAGUUAGCUAUUUAAUCAAACAUUAGGGUCCAGGGCCUGGGAUACUGUAAGAAGAAAGACUGUCACUUUCAGAGAGCACUUUGUUCCAUCCUGAAAUACGUGUCUAAGACAGGAUGAGUUCUCCUUCACUUUAAAUCCUAAAUGAUCAGACUCAGAGUACAUGUCUAUAUUGGCAAAAUAUCCUUUCUUGACCUAAUUUAUUAUAGGUUGGCAGGUGUUGCUUUACCUUUGGGAGUUUUUCCAACAAAGUUAUAGCACUCAAAGUUCACAACUCAUCAUAUUUUAGACCAACAUUAUUAUGCCAGCAACAGUAAGUUUGAUCAGAAACAGGUCUGAUUGAGACCAAGGGCCGAGAAUAUUCAGCCACAGUAUUUUGGUCAAAGUCUGACUCCGCAUUUUUAUUCUUCUCACCGUCAAGUAUUAAGGCUCCAUCCCACUCCAUUUUCAGUUUCACUGAAGUGAAACGUAUCAAGUAGAUAAAGGUCUGUGAGUGUGAGGUGUGUAUGAAUAUGGAAGUAACAUGAUGAAAGAAAUGCUCGUUGUAUUGAAAAAGGUGACAAUAUUCAUCAGGACUAAGUGUACACACUGCGUUCUUAGCAAACCACCUCUAUUUCUCCAUUAGCAGACCACCUCUGUUUCUCCAUUAUGGUUGUAUAUAAUGUCUGUUGGCAUUUGACUAGCCAAUGCUAGAUGACUGGUACAGCUUGAUCUACUUAUAUCAAAAGGAACUAGAUGGCUCCUACAAAAUAAGUAACCUUAUGGAUAAAGAUGACAUUAAGAAGAUUAAAGUCCUUCUUGUGGAAAACUGAUGCAGCAUUGGACUGAGCUAUAAGAUGCAUCACUGCAUCUCGAUAGAAUACAGUCAUGUCAGCACUCAUAAUAAUUGCCUCAGAAAAAUAUAGGCCACAUCUUUCAAUACAAUUUGCUUAUAAAGCCUAUGGCCACACCUCUAGUUCUCAUAAAACCUGGCAGAUGAUCAGUG